GCGGGCUGCUGGGGUGGAAGUGGUGCUGGGACUGUUGGCUCGUCAUUCUCAGCCCGUACGCCGUCGGGAGAGGAGGUCGGCGUCUGUGCUGCUGGGGCUGUUGUGCUCCCGCAUCCUCCCUCAGCUCUGGCCAUAACUAUUACUUCCAUAGACACCUCUCUCUUUCCCUCUCUCUCUCUUGAUCUGUUCCUCAUCGAUUAGCAACACUACAAUUAUUACUAUUACAUCUUUUUAUUGUUCCUCGACAUCACAUCGUCUUGUCUUCAUCCUUUCCCAUGUUCGCGUCCUUGCAUCCUCUUAGAUAAUCUCAGCAAGUUUUUAAUCCUUUAUUCAGCCAUUGAGUCGCUCCCCAUCCACACGAUUAUCAACAGUACCACCACCAUCAUCCAUCUGCCACUACUACUGAUUACUGCAACCAAUACAAUCUCUACUACUAUUACUACUACUACUACUACUACUACUAUUAUUACUACUACUACUACAACCCUCUAUGCUCCCCUUGGUUUCCCUGCCGAAGGAGGUCUUCUGAAGGUGCAACAAGCAUGGCGUCCUUCUGGCUCUUCACGCCCCUUCUGCUGGUGCUCCUGCUACUCCUGCUGCUGCUGCUUCCUCUGCUGGCUUUCGUCAGUGCUGAUGAGGGGUCAAGUGGGCGCAUCAGCCAGAGUCCCGCCCCGCCUGAUUUCGCACACCCUGCCCACAACCUGACGGCGGUGGAGGGGCAGGAGGUGACCCUGGCCUGCUCCGUCACCAACCUGCACGGCUACCAACUGGCGUGGGUGCAUGAGGACACCCAGACCAUCUUGAGUGUGGGGGACCAGCUUUACACGCAGAGCCCUCGCCUAUCCCUGAGCACUGACCAGCACGGGGCAGAGCUCACCCUGUCCCCUGUGUUGGCUGAGGACCGAGGGUGGUACAUGUGCCAGCUGAACACCGGGCCCAUGACUUACACCAGAAGCUACUUGCAGGUACUAGUGGCCCCCGCUUUAGAGGAAUGGUCUGGGGCGUACGUAGAGGCGCGGGAAGGAUCUAAGGUUUUCCUGAUCUGCCGUGCCCGCGCCUACCCCCCCGCACGGACCACCUGGCGAAGGGCAGACGCAGAUCCCAUCUUCCGGUCACCACGAAUAGUGUGGGAGGUGGACGGGGAGGAGCUGGAGUUCCCCUCGGUGCGGCGGGAGCAGGGUGGCGCCUACACCUGCCGGGUGGACAACAAGGUCACCGCGCCAGUCAGCCGCACCACCCACGUCACCGUCACCUACGCUCCGGUGCUGUGGCUAGGACGGGAGAUGGUGGGCGUGAGGGAAGGUGCCAGUGUUACUCUAAACUGCUCCAGCGAAGCCAACCCGCCGCCAAGACAUUACUGGACGGUCAACAGAUCCAACAUCACCACCGGUGAAAAGUACCAGGUGGAUGAGACGCGCACGGCCACAAGGACCCAGGUGCAGCUGACCAUACGGCAGGUGGGGCGGGAGGACUUCGCCAGCUACGCCUGUCACGCCUUCAAUCCCACGGGGCACGCACGGGGCACCAUCAAGCUGUACGAGAUUCGGGAGCAUAUUGUGACGCACCCCACCACAGCCCCGCUGCCGUCCAUGCUCCCGACUCGCCGCACCCACACAGAUAUCUUUCGUCGUCUACCGGAGCGUCCUAACACCACCCUGCAGGAUCCCCGAGAAAGGAAACACUCCAGGCUGAAGACCAACCGCAUUCCUGGGGACUGGGGCGGGACGUCUGGUGGGCAGCAUUACCCGGGCAUCAUCAUCCCCACCGCCACCAUCACCACCACCCACAGGAAAGAAGGCAGCUUCCCUGGGAGGAUAAACUUCCACCAAAGAAGUGGAGUCAACGGGUCUUCUUCGGCAGGAAACUCCUUUUGUGGCGGAAUGAGGGGGAUUGGAUGCUUCUCUUGGCCUCUCCCUUCAGCUUUGUGUCAUACGCUCCUCGCUUUCGCCCUGCCAAUGGUGCUAAUAGAAUGGUGAAAAGAAAUAGUGAAAUGCAAUGCCUUGAGUGUCCGGUCUGUGGUGCUGAAGUUGAAACGUUGGUUUUGUGAAGAUUCAUGAAGGUUUGUUUCGUUGCUGAGUCUUGGGGAAGUGAUCGAGAAGCGAGAAGAGUGGAGAAAAGAGAAUUGGUAGUGUACAUAUAUAUAUAUAUAUAUAUAUAGUACAGUGCAUUUGAAGCGAAAUUAAUGAAUGGGUAUAGUAAAGUAUAGUACAUUGCAAGGAUAAAAGUGCAUGAUGCGUAAUCUAAUGUGUUUAUGUGUGUUUGUGUGUAUAGCGUUGAUAUAGGAGCUUUCAUUUCCUUCUUUCUCUCAUAAGUAAUUCAAGCAGUAAGGAGGACGUGGAUGUGUUCUAGUCUUCAUUAUAUACAUUGAUUGAUUUGUGAAGCGGUAAAGGGAAGACAUUGACAAAUAAGAAAAAUAAUGAAAUCCAUUGAAACAUAUCAAAAAAGCAAUAAAAACACAAAAAAAAAGAAAAAACAAAACAAAACAAAACUAGUAAUUAUGAAGUGGUGUGCCUCUGUCAUACUUCUUUGAUUUACUGAUUUACCUAUUACACUCAGGCUAAAAUCAGUUCAUGGAAGAUAAAUAAAUAUUUUCGUGUU